UCAAGCAGACGGCGUCAAUUGUUUUGUCCAAGAAUUACGCUGUUAAGAAAUAAAUAAUAUUUUAGUUGAAAUGUGUUUUUGUGCUUGUUUGAGGAUUCUUGUGUGAUAAUAUUAAACGGAAAAUGGUGGUUUCAAAUAGAUUACAGAGAUGUCUAACAUUUAUAGGAAUCACAUCAGUAAUUCUUUUAGGAAAAGUAAAAGGGCAAUUUAGUUUAUACGAAGAGGAAAAUAGUGCUCCUUGCUCCGAUUUUAAAAUAGGAAAUGAUGAUUUACAAGCUUACGACUUUAUAAGACUCUAUCGGCUUGACAUUGCCGAAACGACACAUCCAGGCAUUAGUAAAGUUAAAGGAUCAAAUCAGUAUCAAACUGCUUACAGAUUAGACAAAGACGCGGAUUUAACAUUACCAACAAGAGAUAUUUUUCCUCAAGGUUUACCAGAGCAAUUUUCGUUUAUUUGCACUUUCCGCGCACGUCGCAUACCGAAAACAUCGUGGCAUCUGAUCAGGAUCACUGAUUUGGAAUCGAAACCUCAAUUUCUCAUUUCCUUAAAUCCCAGAAUUGGAACAAUCGAGCUUUCAUUGAGUAAUUACGAGGGAGAGCUUCAAACAAUCAUUUUUAAUGGCACAAGUAUUUUCGAUAAGAACUGGCACAAAAUCCACUUUGGUGUUUCAAGAGAAAAAGUCAUGCUGUAUCUUGACUGCGAAAAAAAUGAUGAAGCGGUGUUGGUAGAGCCUCGAGGACCUAUUGAUAUUAAUGGAGAAUUGUCUGUAUCUAAGCUUGAAAAUUCAAGACAAACAGUUCCACACACAUUCCCGAUUGAUCUUCAGUGGAUGUUCAUGACGUGUGAUUACACAAAACCUUUGCGAGAAAGAUGUGAAGAACUUCCAGAAGUGAGACCAGUUCAACCUUCCAAAAAUAUUGGUCCUUCACCUAAACCCUGCGAUGUAACUUGUCCUCAAGGCCCUCCAGGCUAUAAUGGCACAGAUGGCCUUCCUGGGUUGCCCGGUGAGCCGGGACCACCAGGACCACAAGGUCGUACAGGACCGCCAGGUGCACGUGGGGAAAGAGGGGAGUUUGGAAGACCAGGAUAUCCCGGUUCACCAGGUUUACAAGGUCUUCCAGGUAUUAGGGGAAUACAGGGACCACCCGGAACUCCAGGAGUGCCGGGAAAAGAUGGUGGACGGGGGCCCAUAGGAGAUAAGGGUGACAUCGGGACAGCUGGUCCAAAGGGGGAUAGAGGUGAAGAUGGUAUUCCAGGAUUACCAGGUAGCCAGGGUUUGCCCGGACCACAAGGCCCACCAGGUCCUGGUAGUACCAUUGGUGGGACAGUAAUUCCAGGACCAAUAGGACCACAAGGACCUCCGGGUUUAACAGGUCCCGAAGGUCCACCUGGUGCUAAAGGUCUUCGAGGCAACCGUGGUUUUCCUGGAUUUCCCGGUAAAGACGGUAUUCCUGGAGAACAAGGCGCUAAAGGAGAAAGGGGAGAACCAGGUGAACGUGGAGAAAGAGGAUUUAUAGGACCAGCGGGACCGCCUGGUCCACCUGGAAUUCAAGUCGGUCAACAUACCGCUGCAACAGGUGGACUUCCCGGACCUCGUGGGGAGCCUGGAUUUCCAGGAGUGCAAGGAAUAAAGGGAAGUAAGGGUGAACAAGGGGAGAAGGGAGAACGUGGUGAAAAGGGCGAACGAGGUGAUCGCGGCUUGCCAGGACUCUCAGGAUUAGACGGCGCCCCGGGUCUUCCUGGGAAAGAAGGUCAACCAGGGGCAGAAGGACCGAAAGGCGAAGCAGGUUUUAUGGGACCCCCAGGUUUGCAAGGACCGAUAGGCCCCUCUGGAUUGCCAGGACCUCCGGGCGAGACAGGUUUACCAGGUAUUCCGGGAUCGAAAGGGGAAACCGGUCCUGCAGGCCCCCCGGGAUUGCCAGGAAUAGUAUCAUCAUCGGGGGAUAAACUUCCACCUGGUCUUCCCGGUGAUCCUGGACCUCCUGGAGUAGAUGGAGAAAAAGGUGAAAGGGGUUUUCCGGGACUACCGGGACCUCCAGGUUUACCCGGAUUACAAGGCCCACCCGGCCCUGAAGGAAUUUCCGGAAAAGAUGGCGAACAGGGCCCUCCUGGAUUGCGAGGCGAUGUUGGUCCACAAGGUCCUGAAGGUAAGCAAGGCCAACCCGGAUAUCCUGGUACCCCAGGGACCCCCGGAAAGCAUGGCGAUAAAGGCGAUCAAGGAGAAAUUGGCGAACAAGGUCCCAUAGGACCCCGCGGAUUACCAGGUCAUAUGGGUCCCACAGGUUUACCUGGAGUCCCCGGUCCUAGUGGUCCACCCGGUUUACUAGGUCCGCCAGGACCUUCUGGUCCUCCAGGUCCCCCGGGGCCGCCAGGUGAUAGCGGCGUUGGUGUAGGGCACCUAAUUGUCGACAGUACAGGAGCACCUGGAGUCCAUGGACCUAGAGGUUUUCCAGGACCUGCCGGUCUUCCCGGAGAACGAGGUGCCGCGGGAGAACGGGGACCGGAGGGAAAACCGGGGUUACCCGGAAUUCCAGGAAAAGAAGGACCACCGGGUUUUUCAGGGCCACCGGGACAGAGGGGUACGCCGGGGCUGCCAGGCAUGCAAGGACCACCGGGCAAGAGUUUUACAGAAGCGGAAGUGCGGGAUAUAUGUGCGGCAGUAUUACGAGACCAGCUAAACGAGUUAUCUGCAACUCUUAUUGGACCUCCCGGUCCUCCGGGUCACUCCCGACCCGGUCGGCCGGGUUCCCCAGGAGUUCAAGGUCCACCAGAUAGACACGCUGAACUAAUACUUGGGUUGCGGGGGCCACCGGGGCCUCCUGGCUUGACUCGAACCGGCCCAUCUGGACGAUCAGGAGUCCCCGGUAUCCCAGGUGACACUGGACCACCAGGUUUACCUGGCGAAAGGGGUUUCAUAGGGCUGCCGGGACCAGCAGGGUCGCCAGGUUCGAUCGGCUUACCGGGAGAAAGGGGCGAGAAGGGUGACAGAGGGCCUGAAGGGGUUGGAACAGAAGGGCCGAUGGGGCCUAGGGGAUUACCAGGUUUUCCGGGACCUCCAGGUGUUGGGUUACAAGGAAGAACAGGUGACAGAGGAGAACCGGGGAGACCUGGUCCACCUGGUUUAAGAGGAGCACCUGGGCCACAAGGGGCUCCUGGAUACUGCGAGUUUUGUAAUAAUCUCCAGAACUAUCAAUAUUAUGCGGCAUUGGCUGGUAGAUCUGGAGGAAAUGAUAAAGGGCCAUAAAAAUAUCACUUAUUAAAAAUAAAAUAAACUGUUAUUUUAUGUGUUCAUUUUAUUAACGAAUUAGCUUGGUGAUUAUUUUUGUAAAUGUAUUCAUAGGAUAAUAAUAAGCGUUUAUAUAAUAUUAAUAACAAACAUAUUUAAUUCGACAUUAUCUUUUUAACAA